GGCACGCCGAUAGCAUAACACUCCAAAAUGGGAUAUGCGGAAAUUAAACGUAACUACUACAAAGCAAGACCAACGAUUAACAAUUUUCAACUGACGUCAACUAAAUUAACCAAGUUAAAUACAAACAUUAAAUUUCUUUUAAAAUGUAGGAAGACAAAAAUAAUACCCAAAUUCAUAAAAGACAGCACCAGGAGCCACAAAUUGUUUACAGACGAUAAGGAUAUACAUUUUGACAUAAACAAAUUACUGGACAAACACACACAUUACUACCAUAUGAAAAUAUUAAGCUUGCUAAUCAAACACAAACAUCAUAUACAAAAAAGACUAAUCAAAAAGAGAGAGGAUAAGAGAACGAUAUUACAAAAACAAUUAGACCCGAACGACUUCACAUCAUUUAUGGAGAGCGAGCAGAACAUUACCAAAAAACUAACAAAAACAACCAAGAUGAGACAAAUAAGGAAACUAGAAAGACUGCAGAUGGAACGGAGCAAAGUUCUAACAGACAACAAAAAAACAGCUGAUUGGUUUGUAAACAAAACGGACACCGAAUUCCCGCCAGCAAUAAAAUCACUUUUGGCGAAGGGUCCAAAGUUCGCGCUCCCAAUAGAGAAGAAGAAAUUCCCUCUCUUAAAAUACAUUGCGGACGGAGAGGAAAUCCUCAAAACUAUUAUUGACAAAGAGAAACAAGAAGAGGCGCGAACCCAAUUCUCUUUGCUUAUCAAAGACCACAAAACAUCAAACAAAGAAAGUGCAUUUGAUCGUGCAAUACUAGACACAGUGGGACAAACAAGGAGAUUUCUUAAAGAAAAUGACGACAUUUUAAUAUUGACCUCAGACAAAGAAAACAGAUAUUUCAAAUUUGAAAACAAUUUGUACACACAAUUAAAAGGAAUGCCUAUGGGAUCGCCAGCCUCGCCGGUCAUUGCAGAUAUUGUAAUGGAAACUCUCCUGGACAACACGUUAGAAAAAUUAAGACGACCUCCAAGAUUACUGACAAAAUACGUAGAUGACCUGUUCGCAAUCAUUCAAGAGGAUGACAUUAAAACUACACUGACCAUGCUCAACUCUUUCACCAAUAAUAUAAAUUUACAAUGGAACUAGAAGAAAACGACCAAUUACCUUAUUUGGACUCAGUGAUAAUUAGACGUGGAAAUCGAUUAAAAUUAAAAUGGUACAAGAAACCAAUUGCGUCCGGACGAAUCAUCAAUUUCAACUCCAAACACCCAAAACAAAUGAUAAUAAAUACAGCUAGAAGCUGUAUACAUAGAAUGCUCAAAAUUUCAGACACGGAUUACCACGAAGAGACGACCCAGGAGAUAAAAUCAAUGUUGACAGACAAUGAUUUCCCAAAACACAUAAUAAAAACAUUAUUAUCGGAACACAAAACAACAAAACAAAAUAGCGUUAAAAACAAUAAAAACAAAAAUAUAUGUCAAUUACAUACGUCCCGGCAUUAUCCGAACGUGUAGCGAAAUCGGAAUGCUACGACAAAGAAAACAUAAGUAUCGCACAUAAACCGGACCACACAUUAAAAUCUAUAUACAACAGAACAAAAUCAAAGAUAAAUGAAAUUGACAAAAAAGACGUAAUAUAUAAAAUACCGUGCAACGGCAACAACAACGAAAUAUGCAACAUGAUAUAUAUAGGAACAACAAAAUCUAAAUUAAAAACUAGACUAGCACAACAUAAAUCGGACUUCAAAGCUAGACAUCAUACGAGCGCGCAAAAAACAGCACUCAUGUCCCACUGUGCCAAGAGUAAUCACUCACCGAACUUCGAAGAGGCGAGUAUUUUAUCACAAGAACAACACUAUGCCAAACGAUUCACCAUAGAAAUGCUACAUAUCAUAAAAACACCUACAGACAUACGGAUGAACUACAAAACGGACACUGACAAUUGCGCUCAUUUAUAUAGACACUUACUAGG